CAUCAUUUUGACUACAUACUUUGCGAUAAGUAACAAGUACAGCCUACUCCUUCCUGGCGCCGACCUGGAAGUUUUUCUACAAGUAGGAUUUUGCGGAAGAAUUGUAGUGGAUUUGAAGAUCAAGAAUUGCAACUCUUGAUUUUGUUUUCCUGUGGGAAUCGUAACGAACUAAACCAACUUUACUCACAAACUUCAAAGCCGCCGGGCUCAGAAGUUUUUGGGUCGAAAGGAAAUAUCUGGUAGUCAGAAGUUUCUGGCUCGAAAGUACUAUGAUUUUUCGCGGCUCGUGGGUUCUCGUGCUCCUGGCCGCCGUGCGGUCGGGGCUGUCCGCGUCGGGCGCUAGCAGUAGCAGUAGCAUUCCCGCCGGGCUGGAAGUGGAGAGACCGGCAGCAUCACAGUUGCGUGGUGGUGAUGGUCCAACCUACACUGAUGCAGAAGCGGGUACUGCUUCAGAUGGACCGGACUCAGACAGCGAGAGCGGAAGUGAGUUGCACUGGGAUUCGUCGGGGAGCAGCGGAUCCGAAUCUUCGUCCGGAAAAUCGCAAACCGGAGGCGGAGCCCCCGCUCGGGCUGGGGGAAAUGGUCGCGGUCGGCGAAGAACUUUGAAGACGAGAACUAGGACGGGUAGAAAGCGGUCAUCCUCAUCAAGUUCGAGUUCAUCGCGAAAUAAAUCACGAACGCAGGAGCGCGGCAGCGCGAGUCGAAGCAGAGCCGCGGGUAGUAGUGGCCGCCCCUCCAGCGAUCGUGUUCUUCGUGAGCCGGCGCGUGAACAAAUUACGAGUGGUCGUCGGCCAGGUCCAGGUACCUCCCCGGGUCACGACGAGGAACAGCAAGACAAAUCCCCGGACGAGCAACAAGGGAGCUGCAGCAUUUGUAUGGAAGACGCGGCAAACCUGGGGCCAGAGAACGCGUUGAUGCAACCCCCAACGCAGAUGCGGUGCCAAUGCUCCGCGGGCGGCAUGUGUCAAGAGUGCCU